CUAAACAGCUGCUGGUCACUGGGCUUGUUAGCAUUUGCCUUCUUGCUGACACAAGUCGAGUGUACUCAAGAUGUUUCCAGCAGUUCUUGGGAGUCAACAGCAUACGAGUGGGGUCUUCUAGGGCGAUAUCCUCAGCAAUCUUUCAAGUCAUCGCCUUUGCAGCCGCCACAGAUGAACACUGUUCGGUGGGAUGAACGAUGUGCCCAAGGAUAUACUUUACUGAGUCUUCGCGGAACUAUGGUGUCUAGCCCUGCUGGGAUCAUGCUGGAUGGCAAUGGAGAUUUGAUAUGGAUGGAUUCAAAGUUUGGUCCAUAUGUGAUGAACUUGAAGGUACAAGAGUAUAAAGGCGAAAGAUACAUCACUUUCUGGUCUGGAGAUAUUGGUCCUGGCUUUGGGCUAGGGACAUAUUAUAUGCUUGAUUCCCAUUACCAGGUCUUCAAGCAGUUCUCUGCGUCAAACACAUUGGGGAACGACUUCCAUGAAUACACCAUUACAUCCGACGAUACUGCCCUACUAACGAGUUACGACACAAUCUCUACGGAUCUAUCUUCUCUAGGAGUGCAGGGCCGAGGCUGGAUAUAUGACAGUCUNUUUCGAGAGAUCGAUAUUGAGACUGGUGAGAUCCUCUUCGAAUGGCGUGCAUCGAACCAUUUCGCUAUCAACGACACUUUCUAUCCAAUAGGCUCUGCGGGUCAGAGUCCCGAGGCACCAUUUGAUUUCUUCCACAUCAACAGUGUGGAUAAAGAUAGGGAUAGUAACUACAUCAUCUCGUCUCGCUUCAUGCAUAGCAUUGUCUGUAUCUCGGCCAGCACAAAAAAUAUCUUGUGGACCUUGGGUGGCCGUAACAACGAUUUCACAGAUCUAUCAGAAGGGAGUGCGACGGAUUUUGCCUGGCAACACCAUGUUUCCGUGCAAGCAGACAACCAACUCAGUAUCUUCGAUAAUGCCAACUACAAGAAAUGGCACGAGGAACUUCUAGGAGGCGGUAGCGAGAUAAGCCGUGGAAUGCUAGUUCACCUGGACACAGAAAACAUGACCAUUGAACUUGUUCAGGAGUUUAUGAAUCCUGGCUCCCGCGGCACCCCUCAACAAGGGUCUAUGCAAGUCCUGGAUUCUGGGAACGUACUGCUUGGCUGGGGCUACCAUGCAGGAUAUACUGAAUAUGCUCCUGAUGGCCAAGUACUCUGCGACACGCACAUCAACCCCGCCAUGCUGUUCCCAUUCGGCUUCGUACACGCCUAUCGCGCAUUCAGAGCGAGCACCUGGAUUGGACGCCCCAAUACGCAACCAGAUGUAUGUGUCGACCCUGCAGACGGACACGCAUUUGUGAGUUGGAUGGGAGCAACCGAAGUAAGCGACUGGAUUCUACAGACGGCUAGCGAGUCGACAUCUGGCGAUGAUUUGACAUUCGUCGAUGCUGUCAAAGCAAACAAGAAUGGUUUCGAGACAGAGAUUGAAGUACCCAGUGGCGAGUAUAGAUACUUGCGUAUCGUAGCGGUCGAUAAAAUCGGCACUGUACUGGCCAGCUCCAAGAUCAUUACCGCGAGCAAAGACACUGUCUCAAACCAGAGAAACUGGAAGUUUACGAUGGGCACCAUAAUGCUCUGGAUAAUGUGUUUUGUGGCAGGGAUGUCGUACCAGAAGAGACUGAAAUCGUUAGUACGGAAGGCACAGCAGCAUGUAGAACUCCAGUCUUGGUUGCAGCUAUGGCGCAAGAGCAGAAGGUCCAGCACUGCUAAGGACGGAGAAGAGGAAGAGAGGCUGUAUGGUGAUUGA